AUUUUGACGACUAAAGGAGAUUACAGCAUAUCUCCGUGUUUGGACCGUGUCGUUGAUGUUUCGUGUGCUAGCUUGCUAAUGGCUAGUACUGGGUCCAGGUUGUCGCUAGUGUGCUGUCGGCGGUAGGAUUAAGGAGUCGCCCGGUGUUGUGUUGAAAAAAGCACCCCUUGACACAGCACUCUUAAGCACAUUUGAAGGCAGUUUGUUAACUAAAAGUAACUAGUAGAAAAAAAGUGAAAAACUGACUUGUGGUUUUCUGUACCCGAAAAUGGCCUAUCAAAAAUGGUCUAUUUUACAGUUUUAUUUUAUUUGUUUCCAUAAAUGUACACCGUUGAUGAUAUGCUUGACACAGGACUGUGUUCUCCUUAUCAUGAUGAAAUAUUUAUAACGUGAAAUAUGUUUUGAGUGUUGCAUGGAACAACAAUGGUAGUGUGAAUUUAAGGGCUGUCCUGAUCCGAAAUACUUGAAAACGAUCUCCUCACAACAUAAUUUAACAUAAAAUCACACUCGUUCAGUUUAAAAAUAACAUAAUUUAACACGGGUAUCUUUUAGGGGCAAUGAAAAACAAAAAAGAGUUUAAACAUUACUUUUACUCUGUUUAAGAAAAAGAAGCACUUUGAAAUGCACUUCCUGUGACGGGGGUGUUUUCCGCGGUAGGGGUGCUUUUUUUCGGCAUAACACUGGAAGUGGUCUGGGUGGCGACUGUAGCUGGAAUCUGAGCUAUAAAACAAAAAUUCCAGAUUACUCGUUGUCAUCAAACCAAUCCAUAACCUGUUCGGCCCUUUCUCAAAUGCUGGAUUGCCUCCUGCCGUGGCCCUGCAACAUGAAGAGUUUCCAAUGUGUAAAUGAAGGCUGACCAGAAGGAAGGAGGCACUCCAGAUGAUGUUCCCAAGUGGCCUUGUGGAUGCAGUAGCUGUGUGCCGGAGUGCUUUUCCAUAACAAGCGUUGUAUGUUUGUCAGUGGGAACACCUUAGUGCAACCUGCCAUUACCUUCAGCCGGGGACAAACUACUCUGGGACUGAUUUUUAGAAGCCCACACAGACAGUCAUCACUUUUAAACGGCAAACGCAAAGAAGAAAAGGAAAUAAGGCUGCAUGAUUGACACGUAGGACACCUCUGCUGCACUGUUGGCUCAUUUAAGUGUCCUCUGCACAUUUUAGCAGUAACACCUUUCCUCUGUCCUAUGAGAUUUGUCUCCCAUCCCCUCCCUACCACACCCUCCAUCGCUGUUACUGGAGUUUCUAUGGUUUGCAUGGCUGGAGAAUAACCGUGGAGAAGCCAGGGUAUCACAAGCUUAUGGAUUUUGACAAGAGAGGGGGCAAGGGAGAGACAGAGGAAGGGAAAAAGAUGUCUAAGACAGCAGGCGGCAGGACUGGACAUGGCAGGGGUUCGGGCACCAAUUCAGGAGUUCUUAUGGUUGGCCCAAACUUCCGUGUCGGUAAAAAAAUUGGCUGCGGUAACUUUGGAGAGCUUCGGCUUGGAAAAAACCUCUAUACUAAUGAAUAUGUGGCCAUCAAAUUGGAACCCAUAAAGUCCAGGGCGCCACAGCUCCAUUUGGAGUACAGGUUUUACAAACAGUUGGGAAGUUCGGAGGGAAUUCCUCAGGUGUACUACUUUGGUCCUUGUGGUAAAUACAACGCCAUGGUGCUGGAGCUGCUUGGACCCAGUUUAGAAGACCUGUUUGACUUGUGUGACCGUACCUUCUCCCUCAAGACCGUCCUCAUGAUAGCCAUACAGCUGAUAACACGGAUGGAGUACGUUCACACCAAGAGUCUCAUAUACAGAGACGUUAAACCAGAGAACUUUCUUGUUGGGAGGCCUGGAGGCAAGAGGCAGAACACCAUCCACAUCAUCGACUUUGGUCUGGCCAAAGAAUAUAUAGACCCUGAGACCAAAAAACACAUCCCCUACCGGGAGCACAAGAGUCUGACUGGGACGGCACGCUACAUGAGCAUUAACACACACCUGGGAAAAGAGCAAAGCAGAAGGGAUGAUUUGGAGGCGCUAGGUCACAUGUUUAUGUACUUCCUCCGAGGUAGCCUCCCCUGGCAAGGCCUAAAGGCCGACACUUUGAAAGAGAGGUAUCAGAAGAUCGGGGACACCAAACGAGCAACACCGAUUGAAGUGCUUUGUGAAAACUUCCCAGAAGAGAUGGCCACCUAUCUGCGCUAUGUGAGGAGGCUGGAUUUCUUUGAGAAGCCAGAUUAUGAUUACUUGAGGAAGAUUUUCACAGAUCUGUUCGACAGGAACAACUACGUCUUCGACUACGAGUACGACUGGGUCGGCAAGGCUCUUCCCACACCGAUAGGCCCCAUCCCCAGUGACGCGCCUCUGCAGCCCAGCAAACCACAACCUCAGAAAACCCAGUCAUCUGAGCCCAAAGGAAGUGAGUCUCAGCCCACUCCCGUGACCAAUAAGGAGACUCUGGGGUCGCACCUCACGGCUGAGCGGCUGGGGGGCUCUGUUCAGGUGAUGAGCUCAACGAACGGAGAGCUAAACCCAGAUGAUCCCACAGCCGGACACUCCAACGCUCCCAUCACUGCUCCCACCGAUGUAGAAGUGGCAGACGAACCCAAGUGCUGUUGUUUCUUCAGAAGGAGAAAGAGGAAAGCUCUCCAGAGGCACAAGUGAAGGAGGAACAUGGAGAGAACUUGAAACAUUGUGGUCACUGUCAAGUUUUAAAUUGAAGCAACUACACAAACUCCCCUCCUCCCCGAGGCCUCUCCCUCUCGCCUCCCUAUCAUCACCACGCCUCCAUCCCUCCUUCUCCCGCGCGCUCUGUAUUUCUCGUUCUCAGUGCUCCAGGGCUACAGCCGAGUUGAAGGAAUGUUGCAGACCUACUGACUCCACAAGAGACUCUUUGAUUCUUUUAUCGCUGAAAAAUAAGCGCACCUUGCUUCACAAACAGGGGCUUGAGAAAAACUAUAAAAGCUGUAACAAUGAAACUCCGAUACUGUGGCGUGGAAAUGAAAAAAGAUGCUGUUUGAAGCAGUUGUAUUCUAGAUUCCAUUCAGAACGUUUAUUGUUUCAGUCAGCUGUUGAUCAGGGGAAACCAUUUAAGUGGACGGAGUGAAAGAAAUCUGCUCUCUAGGAAACUGUUCAUUUUCAUACUUUUUAAUUUUGGUGUUUUUUUGUUUUUGUUUUUGGGGAUCAAGGUAAAGAAGAAGAGUUGAACUAUGCUGAUGUUCAAUCUGAAAGACACAGGAAGCAUUUAAUCUAUAAAACUGAAUUUGGAAGAUUUUUAUGUACUUUUUUCCUUUUUUUUUUUUUUUUUAAUUUUUUUUUGUUUUUGUAAGUGAAUCCUCGGUUUUAAAAGUCAAAUCCCUGAACUGAAAACUUGCUUUCAUGUUAUAGUGUUCUGGAGUUCAGUUUCUUUCCUUUUGGUCUUUGGACACGGUCGUUGUAGCACAGUCACUGGCCUCAGGUACUGUGGAAGAACCAGAGAAACGCAUAUUAAGCUCUCUUAUUUCUAUUGCACUUUUGGAAGAAAAGACCCAAUUACAGUGGACAAGUUUAGGUUUAAAAGUAAAAAGCCAACUAAAUAAAGACUAAUGUAGGAAGAGUCCUUCAACGCUUUUAUUUGAGUUAUGGCUGAAAAAAGUUGAUUUUUUUUUUUUGAAAAAAGGAAAAAAAAUUUUGAUUUUUAUUUCUUACAUCAAAGAUAAUUUACCAGGAAAUCAUAGUUUGUGCCUUUUUAAGUAAAAUGUUUAAAGCUCAAGUGAGUGUCCCGCUAUGACAUUUUAUCUAAUCUGACCCAAAUGCUCAGUGGAUUAUUGUGUGUGUGUGUGUGUGUGUGUGUGUGUGUGUGUGUGUGUGUGGGCGGGCGGGUGGGUGCACGCCAAUGUUUGCUAAUCUGAAAGUUGUAAACAAAUUUUUUAAAUGAGUGCACGUCCCCCUGUCCCUCAUGACUCUUCCUCCUUGACCUUCUGCUGUGAAGGCACAUCCGUGUGGCGGGAGGCGGGGAUACCGUGUGUGUGUGUGUGUGCGUGCGUGUGUGUGUGGCCAGUUCAAAGAGAUCUAACACACAUACACACACAACCCAAAUCUGUCGAAACUUGUUUUAUUUGGAUGUCACCAAGAGACGAACAGCUCAGUGAGGUUAAUUAAGUGUUUCUGAUGAAAACGUACACGUUCAUUUGUGCUGCAGCCAGGCGUAGCUCCAUGUAUCCCUUUGGUUUGUCAUUUGAUUUUAUUUUGGUCUGUGCCUGACAGCAAACUAUUCUGAUUUCAUCCAUGUCUAAAUGCUCGCUAAAGCGAGUCCGUUACACAAACAUCUAAUGUUAUACUCAUGAAUUACUGCAAGGACGUUGCCAAGUUUCUCCCUGUUCAGCUUCUGUCCAAUCUUGAAAAAGACUUGAUCCAUCACAAAAGUAAGCUAGGAAACAACUCAUUUCCUCUUCUCGGUUUAUUUGAGGUAAAUCAGGUAAUAAGGUAAUCAGGUUGAAAACCUUCAAACAGAAACAGAUUUAUACAAUUACAAUCAAAAUGAAUAAAUCUAAUAAUGCUGAUUUUAAAUUUACAGUCCAAAUAAUGUAUCAUCCACUGCAUUUCAAAUACUAUUUUAAAUCCAAGCAGGUAAUUUCAUUUAACUUUAUUCCUAAGCAGGUAAUUUCAUUUAACUUUAUUCAACAGUAGAAUGUUGUCAGUAUCAUACCAGUAGCCUCUUUGUGGUUUCCCCCCAGCUGAACAGUUUUUUUGCUGCAUCCGCUGAUUCCUUCUGAGGUGCAGACUGAUUUGCUUGUGUCCUGCAGACAGGUGCUCUCACUCAGCUGAUGAGCUGAUCAGACAGGAACUGUAAUGUGGUUGUGUGAAACAAUCCUAGAGAUCUUCAGCUGUUAAACUGCAAUUUUCAUUAACAAUCUUGAUGGAAUAGAUGAUGUUGAGCAGAUUCUGGACUCCGUUUGAAUCAGGGCUCGAGCAAAAGAAGCAGUAGCCUCUUUGUGGUUUCCCCCAAGCUGAACAGUUUUUUGCUGCAUCCACUGAUUCCUUCUGAGGUGCAGACUGAAAUUGUUUGUGUCCUGCAGACGGCACCCCUUGGAGGCUGGUGUUACUCAGCCUCCAGGGGGUGCCAAUUAUUGACUGGCUGACUGAUCUGACAUUGACUUUGAGCCUGACAGACGUGCUAGUCUGUUAAACAAAAAGCCUUCAUUUAAAACCUGAUAAAUGAAUCUGGAUGGUCACCAGUCUGUCCUGCUACCUAAGUUCCUGCUUUUAAAACUCCAGAUUUCCAGAUAUUUGUUAAACGCUUGCAUCAAAAGCUUAGUUUUUACUUUCUGAGCCUCAUCUUGUGUAAAAUUGUUAACGUGCUUAUUUAACGACCCAUUUAAGGUGGAUUUUUAAAGGUCAGUGAACUAAACAGGCCUCGGGUGUCUUAAGACUUGUCAACAUUUAAACUUGUAUCGCGGGAAGGAACCGAAUGAAAACGCUCAAAUACGUUAAGGCCUAAAAUGUGAUGUCCAGAAGUCCGUUACAUCAUAACUAGUCCAUGAUAGUUGGUUUAUUUAGUUUGAUUUUAAGUGAACCGGUAAAACAAACUAACCAUAGCAUGUUGCUGCUGUGAACCUGGACGAUUUUAAAUUCAUAAUAAAAAAUCGGGGUGUAAAUUCUGGUUAAAGGCUGAAGUUGGAUCGUUUGUGAAAUUUAAACAUCUGUUGGCGGUUUAGUGUAAAUUCUAUUGUGACAUAAAACCCAAAUGUCUGGUUUGCUUGCAGCAUUUUAUUAGUUCAGAUAUGACCCGACUACUUUUUAAGUGAGCCGAAUGUUUCUUCCUCUGAGCAGGUUUUAGAGGACAGAAGAGCGAAAAGCGAAGCCUCGAGUGUGUGAGAACCACAGGUUUUUGUUGGCUGCAGAGCUGUUUUGUUGCUGUAAAAACCUGAAGGCAUCUGCAGAUGUUCUGAGGACGAUUGCGGAGACUCCAGUGCGCCUUUACGCAUGGAUGUGUUCCUGUAUCCGUUGCGCCAUUUCCAGCGAGGAACACUAGGUGGCGCCAUCAGACUUCCAACUGAACUGAGAGCAGCCUGGAGGCCCGGCUUGGUAUAGCUCAUUACACUGCGUUUAUGUGAUGAUUUCUAACUGGGGAGACUUCUAGAGAUGUUCAGACUAGUGUUGGGACUUUGCUUCUGCUCUACGUCUCUUGGUGUAACUAUUUGCAACAUGUAUUUGUAAAUAUGACAACGACAGAUCUCUAAUUGUGAAUAAAGGAAAUUUUAUCACAGUUA